CUUUUUCGGAUCCUUCCAAUUCCACGGUAUGUACCACUGCUUGCUUUUACCCGCGCCGUUUUGACCCGACGGGCACCUGAAAAAUGGCAGCUUCCUGGCAAACGGCACGUGUAAUGCUCGCUUGUUGCAGAACAAACCGACUGUUUGGGGGAAUCGCCAAUACAAGCACCAGACUUGUCUGGAGAUGUUUGGCAUCACAAGGAGACAUGCCUCAGAAGCCUAAAAGACCAAGAGGCACCUUCAUGCUCUUCAGUAUGGAGAAACGUCAGCAAGUCAUCAAUGAAAAUCCACAUUUGAGCUUUCCAGAAAUAGCUAAGGUGAUUGGAAAGAUGUGGAGGGAGCUUUCUGAUGACGAGAAGGAGCCUUACCGGUCCCAAGCCAGGGAAAAUAGCGAAACCUAUUUGGAGGAAAUGGAGAACUUCAGAGCGAGCUUAACGGAAGAGGAAGAACAGAUGCUUGAAGAGCAAGAAGAACAGGCCAAGAGCAACAAGGCAAAGAGAAGAUACAAGCAGGUGUUGAAGAAGCUUGAGAGACCAAAGCGUCCGCUACAUGCCUACAGCAUCUUUUUGGGGUCCAAGCUCAAACAGGCCUCUGGAAGCAUCACCGACAAGAUGGCAGAAGUUAGCAAGGAAUGGAAGGAAAUGUCCGAGGAGGAGAAAGCGAAAUACUACGAAUCCGCUGCUCAGGCAAAGGAAGAUUACGAAGCUGCAAUGGAGGAAUGGGAAACUAAGAUGAUGGAGCAAGGCAACAUAUCUGUGAUCAGAAAAAGCAAACAGCAACAAGACAGCGAGAAAGACAACAAACAACGGAGAAGGAAGACCGGUGACAGCGAAGAACCACCGUUUUGAAGCAGGUGUUGAAACGCCAAUUGAUACUGACUCCAAACUUAAGGACCUGCAAAUGAAUACAGAACCAGUACAGUUGUUAGUUCAGUACUAAAGCUUGUUCAGCUAAGAAAAUAAAAUUGUCAAGCUAUGCGCGAAGAUGAGGAACUGGUAGUAAAGUGUAUUCAUCAGACAGGAUCUGUUUGUAAAAGGUGCUUCAUAUUCACUGACAGUUGCCCUGGAAAGGAAUGAGAAAGAAGAGUUUAUGAUUAUGUCUUACCAGUUUUUGCACCGAGAAUGAACGAUGGGUUGAGUUAGAUGACAGGCGAGGUGAUGUCACUGAAGAUGAAGUCGGAAUGGGUGCGGUGAUAAAAUGGUAUCAUGACAUUGAAGGGUUUGGUUAAGGAGGCAGUUUCAUUUGGUUGGACGGUGUAGGCUGCAUAGAGAAUUUUCACGACAAGAUUCCAGUUUUUAUCAAGGUGGACAUUUUAAAAUAAAUGGGGAGGGGGAAUGGGCGACUGAAAAUAAAAAUGUUUCACUUUCAUGUGUUGAUAAAUUCUUUUCACAAAAUCAUUGAAAAAGAAGCUUGUGAAUAAUGCUAAUACGAUGCCUCUUGUACCGUCGGUUGAAUUGUUUAUGUCGUUUCAAAAUUUGGGGAUGAGAGUAGUGGCCCCUUUGAAGCGGCAGCAAUUUGUGAUAAGGAUUCACCCGGAUACAUGUACACCUUUUUUUCAGAGACUCUGGACCUGGUGAGCCAAACAUCACCCCUUUUUAAUUCAAAUGACUUCAUGUAUUUGGUAAUGUUUCGUUGUGUGCUUUUAGUCAACCUUGGUUUGUAAAUGCAGCAGAGACUGACAGCUAGUCUGGGUUUGCUCAAACAAGUAAGGGGUGACUUGGGGGAUCAUCGACACUUAAGAAAAACCAAGCAGUUAAAGUCUUGAAAGGUUUUAUUGCUUGCCUUAUUCCAUGAAUUGUAAAGGUUGGGGCUAACCGUUCAGAAAGACCCUUUACAAUAAACAGAAACUCGCCUGGUAUCUCCUUAGCCAACAGGGCCGACGAUUUCAAAAAUCUGUUUACCUUAAACACGCCUAUUAAUCAAGCCUGCCUGAAAGUUAAUUAAUUUUGUAUGUACAUGUAAUUAUUUUCCAUACGAAAUGAAUGGUAAUACUUUCAUCGUGGGAGAUUCCUUAAUAGCAGUUCAAAUACGUCAUUAAGGAAACCUGUGCGCAUUAUGGGCAAUGCAUUACAUGCAGUGUACAUGUACAUGUAAUGGAUAUGGUCACGUUACAAUUGUCAGAAAUUUGUGAUAAUAAGUUGCCGGUGUUAUUCAUUGUUAUUAGUUUUUUCCUUAUAUGUUAAAAUCGUCAAUAUUUUUCAAAAUGUUGUUUCGUUAUGUUUGGCCUUCAAAAAAAGAGAACAGAAAAUUGUAUGCAUGUAUGAUGUAUAUUAAAUGAGGAAAUGGUGGCAUUUUCUAUUUUCAUCUAAGGCCACUCUCAAAUAGGCUUCAAGUAGGAAACGAGUUCAAUAAAUAUAAUCUUCAAUAAAAUGACAUGUCUAUUCUUGCUUUCAAAGUGCCACUCGCAUAGCCCCGAAGUUGAUCAAAUAUCAAAAUCACAGGUGUUCACUUCACAGACGUCAGGAGUAAAAU